CCCCGAGCCGCCGUCCCGCGCCCGGCCAGGCUCCGCCGCUGCCUUCUCGACCCCGCGCUGCGGGCGGGGCUAGCCCCAAGGCACCCCAGGAACGCGUGCUCGCCCCAGGAGCAGCAGAGACCCCUCGGCGCGGCUCCCCUGGCUGCCGCUGCCGUGCCCCGGCCGUGCCGGAGGCGUUCCGUGGGGACCGCUCUGGGUCACCAUGUCCCGCGGGGUCAGCCGCUGGCCGGUUCGCCUCCUGAUGAUCACCUGCGUGAUGGCCGGGCCGGCGCUGAGCCAGGAGUGCUCCGCGGAGAAGAUGGAGAAUUCCAUCAUCGAUAUAGACUUGUCCCUGCCCCGCGGCGUCCGGGGCGCGGAGCCGCUGCGCGUCCCCAGCGCGGGUGCGUGUGUCCGUGCCUGCUGCUCGGGGCACCGGCUCGCAGGAGACAAGAAGUGUAAUUUGAUUAUUUUUUAUGCUGCAAGAACAAGUACACAUCCAAACUGCUACUUGUUUUACUGUCCUAGCAUGGAGGCUUGUCCAAUGAAACCUGCAACAGGUCUUGUGAGCUACAAGAUAACUACAGACAUCCAUGCCCCAGAGGAUAAAUCCAUCAAAGCUGAGAACUUUUCUUCAAAUGAGUAUUUUUUGCCUUCAGAUGCUGAAACCUUCAUUCCUCAUAGUCAGGAUAUCCAUUGGAAUCACACUGCCAGCUUGCAGAAAUCUGUCUUUCAUCAGGCAUCUGAACUCUUGAACCACAUAGGCAAGCAUUUGGAUAACAUGGAACUUGAUACAGUUUUUCCUGAAUCUCAAACAGAAAAACAGUCUGAGAGCUUAGACCCCAUCUCAAGGCAGAAAAUAAUUACUCUGCCACCAAACACACUUUCUUCUAUUCCAGUUGGAAACCCGACUGCUUCAUUCACCGCCGCUGCUCAGUCAGGCGCUCUUGAAACCACAAGUGCUUCUCUUACUCCACUGCCAACAAGUACUGCCCAGCUGGAGCCUCACACAGCCUCUCUGCAACCUGGUGCUGUUCUUCUUUCCAAGCCCAUAAAUUCUGCUUCUACUGCUACAACCAAGCAGGUGACCAUGAAUUCCAGGUCUGCUACUGCCCCAUCAGGGUUGAGGACUCCAGCCAUGGCUCCUGAGCCAACAGUUGUUUAUUCCAGUGAUACCAGCCAUGUGAACCUCCUCUCUUUUCCAGGUUUUGUUCUGUCCAGUGAUUCCCCUGCAUCUUCCCAAAAUGACCUUCAGGGUUAUGGCCCAUCUGACUCAGAAAGCUCCCUGUCAGAAGGUGUUCUGAGAGGGAAAGGUGUCUUUCAGCUGGGGGAAAGAAGCAGCCUUGUAGCAGCUUUGUUUUUUGGGGUGAUAUUCUUGUUGCUAGUUAUUGUGCUCACAGGGAAGAAAGUACACGAAUCUCUUCAGAGGAGGCAUUAUACCAGGCUGGAUUACUUGAUCAAUGGAAUGUAUGCUGAUGUCUGACUGGGAGAGGGAAUAAAAUUUUGAGGAGCAUCUCUCACUUUUGAGAGAACUCUGAAAUGGAACAGUAGAUACUGAAAUCUCGAAAGAGGAUGGAUUCCUUUUUUGGGGUUCUAAUAGGAAAGCAGGAGACAGGAGAUGGGUUUGGUGGUGAAAAGGAAUGCUCUGUCUGUGCUGAGCUAUAAUGUCUGUCAUUUUUGAUUUAUUACUAAAUCCUGAGAGUAAACACUUAAAUCCAAGUUAAGCUAAGAAGGUCUUAGAUUUAAGGAGAAAAAGCAUUUCAAGAGCUUAAUCUGUACUGUGACAAGAUUAGUGAAAUUGAAGUACACCUAAUAAAUUGAGUACCUGUGCAGCACGUGGAUGUUUUCAGUGCUAUUUACACCAAAUGCCAGACUGUUACAAGAUUGCCUGGCAAUCCUAUUUACUCUAUUUGUAGCUUUAAAGGAAUACUUUGUAAUAAAGCUUUGCAUCCGAAUGGUUUUAGGUACAAACAGGGAAAAAAUCUAUUACAUAUGACAUAACUUAAUUUUCCUUAUCUAGUUUAUGGCUAUGUACAUAUCUUUAAAGUUCUUCAUACAUCUGCAUACAUCACAAUUAUCCUUAAAACUACAUGCUGCAACUGUGAGUGUUCUCAAAGCACACCCUGUUCUCUUCUAGUGUCCCCUUCAUGUGACUGGUAAUAAGCAUAGCUGCUUAGUAACAGUUAUCUUGAUAUUUGAGUUUUUUUCCAACCUAAACAACUCUAUGAUUUUAUGUUUUCCUGACUCUUCAACAGGGAGAGUAAGUGGGAGCAUCUACUGCCACACAACUUCCAGUUCAUGUUAUUUAAAUUUCCCUUCGCGUAUAGUCAGUCUAAACCUGGUUUUAGAAUGAAAGGCUAGAUUUCAAAGUAUUCAUGUCAGGUGGCAUAAUCAACAACAAACAUCACAGCAGAGAAGAAAGGGUGCCUCAUGAAUGCAAGGGAACAAUUCUAUUACAAAAUAUGAAAUUUGACUCACAUCCAAGAGAUGCUUAGAUCUGUCAAGCUUAGUGUGGUGGGAAGCAGGCGUGAUGCAAAAAAUGGCCUCAAGGCAAGUUUUCUGAAAGCUCUAAAUAACUAAAUGCAGAAAAUUCUCUGAAAAUUCCAUUAUUCAAAGAUCAAAGAAAAAUCGGUGUUCCUUGUGUCAAGAGCUUGAAUUCUUACUAUAUGCAGGCUGCAAAUUGCUUUAUAUAUAUAUAAACCCAGCUGGUCUGCUACAUUGUUUAAGUCUGACAAUGGUUAAAAGAAAAGCAGUCUGGAUAACCUCUUAAAAGUGAAUAAAAUUACAGAAGAAAUGUACCUCAAAUUUA